GCAUCCCAUUCCUCGGAUCAGUGGCUUUGGGUCCUCGUACGCCAUGACAGAUGCCAUCCCUGUCCGCCUCAUAGUGGAGGGUGCGUGCUCCGUGCCUUCAAGAUAUGUCGCCCCAGAAGUCCUGGCCGGACGUGGAGUCCCGUGCGACCAAAAGGGUGACAUCUGGUCCCUUGGAUGCACAUCCUCACAGAUGCUCUUCGGCAGACGUCCCUACGAGAGUAUCCGCAACGACUUCCACAUUCCAUUCGCGGUCGCGAGACAUGUGGCCCCCUACAGUGCGUGGGAUUCUUCGGAUCCUUGCCAUGAAACACUUCAGAGCUGCCUCGAACGUGGCGCUUCUCUGCGUGCCUCCGCUUGUGACGUUGUCGAAAGAUUAGGAAAUCCGGCGCCAGCUUCUCGAAGUGGAAGAACACAAUCUCACGGGUAGAAUCCAAAUUAUUGAAGAUAUGUUUGAAGACGGCUCUGGUGUACGAACUAGAGGGAUUUGUGAUGGGGUGUGCAUUUUAGGCUCAUUCGCGCCUGACAGAUCACGUCAUUUCUAAUAGGAGGGCGUUUGUGUCCGAUACUCCAAUGGCAUUUCAGCGUCAGAUGGAAAUGAGAUUCUCGAUGGGCAGGUGCGUCGGUGGCGUCUAUAUCUCGAAUUUCUAAUUUUCGUGGGCGCAUAAAGAUCCUUAAUAUCAAAAGGCACAUACGAAUAUGGGGUCGACUUGUCCAUCGAAAUAUAGAG